AUGGUCAAGAAGGAUGCGGCGAAGAAAGCCAAGCUGAGGGCUGAGAAACGCCAGAGGAACAACGAGAAACAGAUCAAGCGGGAGAUCAAGGAGACCAACAAGAUCCUCAAUCAGCACUCCGUCAAGAAGUCAGGCAAGGGCAAGAGCAAUAAAUCCGACCGGAUUGCCAAUGAGGACGAUCUCAUCCAGACGCUCGAGGAGUAUCGCCUCCAGUGGGAGAAAGAUCACGCUGUCUCUGAAGAAAGAGUCGAAGGGCCGCCCACACGAAGAGCCAAUGCGACCCUGACGGCCUGCCCGAACGGUCACCAUCUCUACCUUUUCGGUGGAGAAUACUAUGACGGCGAUGCGUGCUACUUCUACAACGAUUUCUAUCGCUUUUCGCCCGACAAGAAUGAAUGGAAACGGUUCUUUUCGCCGACCUGUCCGGGCCCGAGAAGCGCGCAUGCUGUCGCUACCACUCCCGCCGCCGGUGGCAAGCUGUGGCUCUUCGGCGGCGAAUUUUCGAGCACCAAUCAGACCGCUUUCCAUCACUAUCGUGACCUCUGGUCUCUCGACAUAGCUACUCUGUCAUGGGAAAGAUUCGAUACGAAAACCAGGCCAUCUGCUCGCUCGGGACAUCGCAUGGCCUUCUUCGGCACCCUGCUCGUCCUCUUUGGCGGAUUUCACGACGUCGGACUGCGUACGACUUAUCUCAACGACCUAUGGAUAUUCGACACUGCCCUCAUUCGGUGGACGCAGAUCCAGCUCAGAGAGACUGAUCGCAAGCCCAGUGCUCGCAGUGGCUUCUCCUUUGUGGCUUGUAGCGAGGGCAUCGUCUUACAUGGUGGCUACGUCAAAGAAUACCAGGGCAAGAAGGCGAUCGGUCGGGCAUUGGACGACACCUGGUUACUCCAAAUCAAUUCGGAAGAUUUGGCGCUUUGCAAGUGGCAGAAACGUAAGCGAGUCGGCUAUGUUCCCUCGCUCAGAUCUGGCUCGACUAUGACACUCUGGCCUGCGAAGUCGAUGGCCAUCAUGUUUGGCGGCGUCAUCGAUGAGGAAAAGUCAGAGGAGACGAUGACGUCUAUCUUCUUCAAUGAUGCCUAUGGCUACCAGCUCCUCAAGACGGGCCGUUGGGUAUCAAUCCAGCUUCGAAAGGCCAAGAAAAGGACGACAAAGAAAGCGAAGCGCCAAGCAGCAGCACGGCAGCAGCAGCAACGUCAUCGAGGCUCUGGUGAUGAGGACGACGCCAUGCAGGAAGACAACGACCCGCCAUCAGAGGAUGAGGAUGAUCCAGAGAGGAGCAAGCCAUCGCCCCGGUACAAUGUCAUGAUGGCCGUGCUCAAGAACACACUCUUCAUCUAUGGCGGCAUCCUCGAGAGUCACAAUCGCGAGUAUACGCUGGCUGACUUCUACACGCUGGCUCUUGACAAGUUGGAUAGGUACACAUGCCUCAGAGACGACCCUCUGGAAGCAAUGGACUGGCAUGACUCCUCCGAUUCGGAGGACGACAGUGGUUCUGAUAGCGACUCGAGCUCUGCAGACGAGCCAGAAACGCUCGAAGGGAUAGCAGAUGCAUCAGCACUCAAGCUUACAGCGCUUGCAAAGGUGCUAGCAGAAGACAGCGAUUCGGAUGAAGACGACGAGCGAGCUCAUGAUGCGGAUGGCAAUAUGCUUCUGACUGCCGAGGAGGAAGAGGUGGCUGCCGUCGAGUUGCGCAAGAAGGCCAUCGCGUUCAUGGGCGUCAGUCCGACUGGCCAGACGGAGGAAGCUAAGCUGAGCACGCCCCGAGCUGGCGAGACGCUAGCCGUCUUCUAUGAACGGUCGCGCGAUUACUGGCGCAUGCAAGCGUACGAGCGUGGCGACGUCGAAGUACGGGGUCGAGAGCUGUACAAGGCAGGCUAUAAGAUCGCCCAGCGCCGGUAUCUCGAAUACAAGCCUGUGCUGGACGAGAUCGAGCGCAUACUGGAAGAGGCCGGUCUUGAUGACGAAGAGAUGGCACAGACCGGCGGCACGACCAGCAACGGACUCGGCGUCGAGUCGCGUAAUCGACGCUGA